AUGGCUUCUUCUUCCACGGCGACCACCUUUCCGGGUGCCGAGGACUUUGUCAUCGGGCUCAUCGGCAUGGGCGACAUGGGCAAGAUGUACGCCCGGCAUUUGAGUAAAGCCGGUUGGAGGAUCAUGGCUUGCGAUAAGGAAGAGAAGUACGAUGAGUUGGUCGCAGAGUUUGGUGAUAAUAAAGUCCAAAUCCUUCGCAACGGUCACCUUGUAUCCCGUGCCAGCGACUACAUCAUCUAUAGCGUUGAAGCGGCGGCCAUCGGCCGUGUCGUCGCCGAGUAUGGCCCCUCAACCCGGCUCGGCGCCAUCGUCGGCGGCCAAACCUCAUGCAAGGACCCCGAGAUCAAGGCGUUCGAGGCCCAUCUUCCCCCCGACGUCGACAUCGUAUCCUGCCACUCGCUUCACGGCCCCAACGUCGACCCGCACGACCAGCCGCUAGUGCUCAUCAAGCACCGCGCCUCAGACGCCUCCUUCGCCAAAGUCGAGACCGUCCUGCGCUGCCUCGGCUCCAAGAGCGUUUACCUUACCGCCCGCCAACACGACCGCAUCACAGCCGACACCCAAGCUGUCACCCAUGCGGCCUUCCUAUCCAUGGGCAAAGCCUGGCACGCCAACCAACAGUUCCCCUGGGAAGAAGGCACACGGUACGUCGGCGGGAUCGAAAACGUCAAGAUCAACCUGAUGCUACGCAUCUACGCACAGAAAUGGCACGUCUACGCGGGGCUCGCCAUCCUCAACCCGGAAGCGCACAAGCAGAUUAACCAGUUCGCGCGGUCCACCACAGAGCUGUUCUACCUCAUGCUCGAGGGCCGCGCCGACGAGCUCCGCGAGCGCGUGUACGCCGCCAAGGAGAAGGUCUUCGGCCGCGAGGACAGCCCUAAGUGGGCAGACCGACCGUUGCUGCCGCACGGCGUCGUCGACCGGUUCACGCUGAACGCUCAGCCGCAUACGUCCCCGGCUAUGCCCAACAACCACCUCUCGCUGCUUGCCAUGGUUGACUGCUGGAGCGCGUUGGGCAUCGUGCCCUACGACCACAUGAUCUGUUCGACCCCACUGUUCCGGCUCUGGCUGGGUGUGACCGAGCACUUGUUCCGCACGCCCGGGUUGCUGGACGAGAGUCUGCGCGUGGGUAUCGAGGACAAGUCGUUUCGGCGUGACGACCUGCAGUUUACGAUUGCGGCGUCGGGCUGGGCGGAGUGUGUGGCGCUGCGUCAGUUUGAGACCUGGCGAGAGCGGUUUGCGGUUACCCAACGGUUCUUCGAGCCGCGGUUUAAGGGGGCCGUCGAGAUGGGGCAGGCGAUGAUUAAGGCGGUAUUGGAGAGCGACUAA